UCCAAAAAUAGCAUUUCUCUGGCCCCGCUCUUGCAGAGACCCGGGGAACUGGGGGUUUUCCUCCUUUUCUGAUUCCCACUUGGGCUGGUUUCCCCCCUGCUGCCCCAUGAAGGCUGGAGCAGCCUCCCUGGCAGCCGGGAUCCUCGGGGGCACCGGCGUGCUGCUCUUCCUCGUCGCCUUUGGGACGGAUUAUUGGCUCCUGGCCACGGACACCUGCGGGGUCUUCGAGCAUGAGAACAGCACUCUGAGCACCGGGGGGGCUGAAAGUCCAACAGAGGCUGGGAAGGAGAUCCUCACUUUCCACCACGAGGGUUUCUUCUGGCGGUGCUGGUUCUUUGGUGAGGGCCACCCCGAGAGCAUCUGGACCUUCUGGUACACCAGCCAAGCACACCCCAAGUUCUGCAUGCAUGGCUACCUCUUCCCCAUGCCCAUUGCUGUGGGACCUUUCCCCCAUCCCUCCUAUGACACAACUGCAGUGUACAGAGGAUUUUGGACGGCGUUCAUCCUGCUGGCCGUGGCUGCCGGGCUCGUGGGGGGGCUCCUGCUGGUGUGUGGGGUCCCCUUCUCCAGCCCCCACUCCUACAAAGUUGGGGGAGGAUUCCUGCUGCUCUCAGGAGGUUUGUUUCUCCUGCUCGUGUUUCUCUUUGUGAUGUGGAAGGAGUUUGCAGCUGACUUUCAGAAGUACAUCCUCCUGGAGAGGAGUGAGAGGUGCCUGGAUGAUGUCCCUGUGCACGUCUACUACGGGUGGUCCUUCAUGUUCGCCGCCGCCGGGGUGCCCCUGGUGCUGCUCUCCGGACUCCUCUUCUUCCUGGUGGGCAGAGACAUUGUGGAUUCCCUGCAGUAAGACAAACGUGGGAAAGGCUUUGAGAAAAUCGGCAAUGCUCCUUGUAAAGAAACACACCCAAGUUUUGAGGGCUUGAUGGGUUUUGUAGCUGUAAUUGUGGGGAUAGGUUACACUCACUCUCGUGGGGAGGCAGGGAUGGAGCACUGAGCAUCCACAGAAUCCCAGGGUGGUUUGGGUUGGAAGGGACCUUAAAAUCCAUCCUUUUCCACCCCCUGCCAUGGAUAGGGAGACCUUCUUCUAUCCCACGUUGCUCCAAGCCCCACCCAACCUGGUCUUUGACACUUUCAGGCAUGGGGUAGCCACAGCUUCUCUGGGUACCCUUUGCCAGAGUCUCACAGCCAGGAAUUCCUUUGCAAUGCCCCAUCUCCCCCUGCCCUCUGGCAGUGGAAAGCCAUUCCUUGUGUCCUGUCCCUCCAUCCCUUG